GAAAUUAUUCUCAGAAAGGUGAUUCUAUUCAGAAUUUAAUGUGGAAGCUAUCCUCAGAACAAGAAGAAUUUUUAAGGUUUCUUCAGCAACAUUCCUUGUCAGCAAAAGACGAAUACAAUUUUCUUCAUCUACAAGUUAAAAAAGAAAUUCAGGUAAGAUGUCGUAAAGAAAUUUAAUGACAAAUGGAACUUCGUGCUGCAACGAUUCUUCCAACAAUCAUUGUUGUUCUCAAAGGUGGGCAAACCAGGAAACAUUGUUUUGGCAACAAAAAUCAUACUUGUGAAAGAAAACAGGUUUCUGCAUUCUUAAUUUAGGAAACAUUUUUGUUCAUAGGAUCCAAAAUUUGUUUCUGCAUCAAUGUGUUCAAGGGGUGAAUACAAAAAUAAACAAUGGAGGAAAUAUAUCAUUCUUCUCUAACAAUGAUAUAUGUCCUGUGGGUAGUAUAUACUUGGCGAAGCAAAGUUUUUUUUCAAUGUUCGGAUGCUCCUCGGUAACUGGACUUUGUAGCUCGGUUAGAGCGCUUCACCGGAAUCGCAGUUAGGGCUGUUUGUUCGAUUCCUAUCAGAGGGCGUGUAUAGUUGCAUUUUUCGCAACUGUUCCUAAUUAUAGGUCUAAAAUUGUAUAGAAAUUUACGUUCGAAAAGCUCAUUUGUUGUAAGGGUAGUAAAUAUAAUUUAACGUAGUAAAUAAUUUAGUCCCUCAUUUGAAUGACACAACAAUUAAAUGCAAGUUUUCAACUUCAGAAGUCAAAACUAAAUCAAAAUGUCUUGUGUUUUGGCGCUGGCCAUGCACGUAUCCCGAUAAAAUUGCAAUCAGAAUAAAGUGAUUUUUUCAUGUAUCUUAUUAUCGGCGUAAUUCAUGAAGAGAUUAUUGUAUAUGCUCUAAUACCUUUUUCUCCCAUUUUGUCCUAGAACAUACUUCAAACCCUAAGAUGCCGCCAGGUUACAGAGAAUCUAGCCGUAAGUAUGACGUUCAUAUUUCUUAGUUCCAUUUUAUUUAACCGUAACUUACAGCGGGGUGGGUAAUCAUUUUUGAAAGCCUUUGAGUUGAAUAACUGCAUGUGCAACAGAGCUGUAAUGAUACUUUUUCAACCAUGAUUGGUAGACUAUGAAUUAAUAUAUAUUGCAUGAAAUUUAGGACAAUUUUGGCAACUUAAUUCGCCCACUCACACCCCCGCCCCAACAUUUCACGAAGUGUCCGCCACUGUUCCGUAUCAAAAACAGUAAAAUAACUUGUCGUCUAUUUCAAUCCGUUCUGACUUUUUGAUGUUGGGGAUGCUGAAGCAUAGAUGGGAAUGUACACCAUAACAGGAAUUAAUAGUGGGUCCUGGCUUAGCUGGCACAGAAAAUAAUAUAUUUGUGAGCUCGGCAGAAAACUUUGACCUCAAACUUAGAAUCCCAGAAACAAAAAUAUUAUUUCCCGCAUAAUGUGCUCACUGAAAACUCACUUUAUUUUUGGGAGUACCCCCAAUCCAUGCCGCUCUUUUUAUUUCAGUUUUUGCAACUUUUUUUUCUUUUCAGCCUUACUACUCUCUGUUUCAAACAGUUGGUCUCUCAUCUGGUGCAGUCUUUCCGAACGAUCCGAUUCUUUCCUACAAACAAACAUUAAAGCAAGCAGUAGUGAGUAUUUAGCUUCUUAAAUUACAGUUGAUUUCACGAAACUUUGGCCGCUCCAGUUGCGAGGUUGGUUGGGAAUUUGGGAACCACAAACACGAGAUCAUCAAGUUGAUUGGAAACCGGCCAAUCAAAUUCGGAAGUUUCGCAUUAAAUUAUCGAAAUUCGUUAUGAAAUUCCGAACCAAGUUCGCAAAUUGCAAACGAUUUUGACGGUAAAUUUUGAAAAACUAAACUUAUUGUAUUAAACUUAUUCAUUUAAUAAUAAAUAAUAUAAUAAUAAUAAUAAUUUCAGGUUUAAAAUUAUAAUAAGUUUAAUACAAUAAGUUUAGUUUUUAAAAUUUACCGUCAAAAUCGUUUGCAAUUUGCGAACUUGCUUGCGAACUUGCUUGCGAACUUGGUUCGGAAUUUCAUAACGGAUUUCGAUAAUUUGAUGCGAAACUUCCGAAUUUGAUUGGCCGGUUUCCAAUCAACUUGACGACAGUGCCGUAGCCAGAAUGAUAAUAGCACAGAGUAGAUAAGACAUACAGAGACGUAACUGACCGUUGUAAACACUGCGAAAGAUUACGUUAUCAUGUACCCACUUUUUUUCAGGCGACCUAGCGAAAAAUGAUCAACUGCGCGUGCUCAGCAAGUUUAAAGUGAGUCGUCAUCAGGUCGUCAUCCAAUCAGAUGCAUGCAUCUAGUAACUUGCCGAGCAUGCGCACAAAAAAAGUGGGUACACUAGUUACGUCUCUGUAUGUCUCUACUCUGUGAUAAUCCAAGGGGGGGGGGGGGGCACAUAUUCAUAUAUUCGUGUUCACAUACCAUAAAAAUAAUUGAUUUCAAAAGAAAUUAAUAAAGCAGAACACGAAUAUAUGAAUAUGUCCCCCCCCCCCAAUUAUCGUUCUGGCUACGGCACUGCUUGACGAUCUCGUGUUUAUAGUUCCCAAAUUCCCAACCAACCUCGCAAUUGGCGUGACCAAAGUUUCGUGAAAUCAACUGUAAUUCUGUACACAAUACCAUUGCAUUUCACAACCAUGUUAAAAAUAAACAUAGCUGGUAGUGAACCAUACUUGAUUCUACUUUUCUUCAAGGCACAAAGUUUGUUAUCUUUACCCAACAUGAAAACAAAACACAAGUCACUUUUUGAAAGUAACGAAACUGAGAUAUCACUUCGUUGUCAGGUAUCGUACUGCAUGUAUUAUAAGUCAGGACAUGUUUUUCCCAUGAAAUAUAUUAAUAAUGAAGCAAAUUUAUAUUGGGUUGUGUGUCUCUCUUUAAACCCUGGGCAAUAUACUUUUUCUCCUCCCCCAAUAUUAUUGUCUUUCACGCCUUUCACCCUUUCCCUUUUCCACUAGCGAUUUUACUCGCGCGAAGCGACAUUUUGUUACUUGUUUUAAGCUCUCAGCUGCAACCAUCUGAACAAAUUGCUUAAAGACAAAGGAAUAAAUUCGCUUCGCGCGAAAAAAAUCGCUACUGUUAAGCUAAGUGGAAAACCGGCUUUAGAAACGUGUUUUCGUGCAUGUUUUCAUGUAAAAACAUUCAGGAUUUGCAUUCCUAUGUCUAUGAUUGCUAAAAUGUCAUACUACUAUUAGCUAAGCUCAGAUGUCAUACUACUAUUAGCUAUGCUCAGAUGUCAUACUACUAUUAGCUAUGCUCAGAUGUCAUACUACUAUUAGCUAAGCUCAGAUGUCAUACUACUAUUAGCUAAGCUCAGAUGUCGCCAUUCCCAAACUUUAAGACGUUACGUAACGUAAUCAAAUUCCUGAAUGCUUUGACACGAAAAUAAAUACGUUAUUUUGAGCGAGAUGAUGCAUGCGCGGUUUUGGUAACAGGAAAUGUUUCCAUAACAUUGUUGUCCAGUGAUUUGCACUCACUCAAUUAUAUGUUUAAUAGCUUUACCAAGAUUCAACUGCAUGUGACCUCGCUGGAGAUAAUGCUGCUCAUUUUGUGCUAACCGCUGAAGCAUUGCAGACAUUGAUCGACAAUCAUUCACCAGAGUACGAGAAAGACUGGGAACUACCAGUUACUGUUAUUGACCAGUUAAAAGGUGUGUAUAAAAUAUUGCUUCCCGUUGGAUUCCAUGUUUAUGAAAAUAUUCUGCAAAUAAUUUAUUUUGUAACACGAACGGAAUAUGUAGUCGCUCUUUAAGAUCCCAGCCAUCGGUUUUAUUUUUAGCGUGCAGGUACCUGGUAGCAUAAAGUUACUGGUAUAUUUGUACUGUCUUAAACCAAAUUUUAUUAUCUUUUCAGAAUCCAAUAAAGCGACUUCAGAAUGCUCUAAGACAAUUAUGAUUGAUGAUCCAUUACCACCUAAAUCUAUGAAACCAAGAGAAGCAAAUGUAAUGUACUACCGUGGUAAGGUGUGUGAUAUUUUAAGAAAACCUCGCGACAACCAGAGUGUUUCUACUGAUAUCUGUAACUCUGGAACAACAGUUGAGAAAGGCAGCGAACUACAGGAGGCAAUGGUCAUAGACAGUGAUUUAAUUAUUUGUGAAGAUAAUUUGGAACCAAGUGUUGAAAAUCUUGGUAAAGACUUUGGUAAAGACUAUGGUAUUACACCUGAAAAAGUUAAUCAUAAAGAAGACAUGAGUUCAGAUGGUGAUAUUAUGGGCCAGAGCAAAGAUUGUGACAAGAUAAAUCAGGCAGUGUCCCAAUUCACCUACAGUCUGUGGACAUUUGGUACUUUAAACUUAUUAAUCCGUACUACUGAUUGCGGAUUGCUUUACCAGUCGAACAAAACUGGCAAAGGUUCUUUGCAUUCCGUUAAUGUUUUUGUGAAACCUGAAUACCAACUAACAUACGGAUAUGAACAGAUAACAACUAGUGAAGCAUCAAGAUGGUGGGUCAAUACUUAUAUUAAUCCAGAUUCUCUCUGUAUUUGUGCGAGAAUUAAUCCUAUUACUGCACAGUUGUUAAAACUGGAUGUUUUAAAUCAAUCCAAUAUCUUAACUCUAUCCUCCUUUGACCCUGCUAAGCCGAUGAAAAUGAUUCACGGUAUCUUAACUCGAUUGGAGAAACUUUUAAGGUCUGGAAAGUAUAUUUUAUCUCAUUCUGCUAACGAUAUGCAUAUAUGUGUGUAUGAAGUGAUGGACGCUGAAAAAGGCGGGAAAGCAAAGAAGGCAUCCUACGACCUUCACCUUGCCCACUCUAAAGAGGUUCUAGUUGAGUAUGAGAAAUACGUUCCUUGGGUACCUAUAGAUCCUAAUAUAUUCCUAGAUUGGCACAUUGCAUAUCACCGCAUACCCCUGACAUUCCCGCCUGUACCGAAAGAUGAAUUGAAGAAAAUACAAGAGAGGAAUGCUAACAUUGGAAAGAAGAAAACUAAGAAAGGAAAGAAGGGAAAGAAUACUAAGGCUAGCAGGGGUAAAGGUAGUGGAGUGAAUGUGGAAAACAAACCGGUGAUUAAAUCGUUUAUGAAUUCCAAAACAUCUAACAAGCAAUCAAAUCAGUUAAUUCAAAGUGAUAAACAAGCGGUGAAUCAAGAGGACAUAGGUAUAGCACAGCGCUUACGGAGCAGAGCAAGACCAGUAACUUAUGACGACAUUGACUUUGAUUUCUAAGAACUGUAGUGUUCCUAUCGUUCAAUUGUGCUAACAUUUGGUCGUACCAGUUACGACCAUGCCAAGCUAACCAAUAUAAUAUAGUUACAAUAUAUUUCUGCCUAUUCUGCGAUCAAUAAAGACUAAAUAAUGACUUUUAUAAUAGAUCGAGCCAAUUUCACAUCGGCGACCAUACAUUUGUCACGUCUGCUGCGACUAAAUGGAAACCUGGCUUUUCAACACUUAAACGUGCUUGUAAGAAUGAAUACUUUGAAAUGGAUCAUUUAUGCAGAUUUCAUUCGUAGUCUUCAUUAUCAUGCAUUGUCUGAAAACUGGUUUUGUGUCGUUAUGUUUAAGUUUGUGAAAGUGUGCAUACAUUUGAAUUAAACACAAUAAAGCCUAGAGUAUAUAAUAAGCCGCCGUACGUGGUUCUGCCUUAAUCAUUUUCAGCUAAUUCAGACACAAACCACGAUAUC